CCAUGAGCAGCUUGCUGUUGCUGAGCUAGGCAAAGGCCGUCUGGACGACAAGUGUCCCCUCCCUUCCCAUGAUUAAGCAGCGCCAACAAAACCCCGAUGGAGUCCCAGCAGUCCAGCACAGCAUACACCCACAUUGUAGAGUACGUACCACCAGUUAGGUGGCUCCUCUUCUCUUCUCUUGCCGCCAAGAUAAACGUCGAAAAACGAAGAAAAGAAUACUGGUAGAAUAGGAAGGCACGCCAAAACCCCACCAAUCUCCUGCCCCAAAUGCCCGCGUCGGGCCACUGCCGUCCCGCCAAAUGGCGAAUCUCCUCUCCUCGCGACGGCCGCCUCGCGCGCUAGGCCAGCUCGGACGCUGCCUUCGCUUUGCUUUGGACAGCCCACAAUUAACCACCUCGCCCAUCCAAAGCAUCCAACCUCCGACUCCUCCUUGUAGUUGCAGACUCACAGCUCUGCCAAGGACCACGACCACGACCAGUAUAUAAACAUCCCACCACAACCCAUCACACCCCCAAACCGCAACGCCUGCUGCUACUGCUCGCCCGCACCCCAAAUUCCAAUUGCGUCCUCCCGGCAGCAACAACCGGACAGACCGCACGCCACCGUCCAGAGCCAUUCUUGCGGGCUGCAAGAAAUGGCCGUCGCGGAGUGGACGCGCGGCCCGGCGAUCGGCAGGGGCUCCUCCGCCACGGUGUCGAUCGCCGUCGACCGCCGCACGGACGGGGUCCUCGCGGUCAAGUCCGUGGGCGCCGACCGGGCCGCCGAGCUCCGGCGGGAGCGCGCCAUCCUCCGCGGCCUCAGCUCGCCCUACGUCGUGCGCUGCCUGGACGCCGAGGCCGGGACCGGCCUCGACAUGCUCAUGGAGUACGCGCCUGGCGGGUCGCUGGCCGACGAGAUCAGGCGGUGCGGCGGCCGGUGCGCCGAGGGCCUCGUCCGGUCCCGCGUGCGCGACAUCCUGCGCGGGCUCGCGCACGUGCACGCCGCCGGCGUCGCGCACUGCGACGUCAAGGCCCGGAACGUGCUCAUAGGCGCCGACGGCCGCGCCCUCAUCGCCGACUUCGGAUGCGCGCGCAUUGCUGCCGGCGAGGGGCGGCUGCCCACGGGCGGCACGCCCAUGUUCAUGGCGCCGGAGGCCGCGCGGGGCGAGGAGCAGGGCCCGGCGGCCGACAUAUGGGCCGUCGGGUGCACCGUCAUCGAGAUGGCCACCGGCGCCGGGCCCUGGCAACGGUUCGCCAGCCCCGUCGCGACGCUGCACCACGUCGCGUUCUCCGGCGAGGCGCCGGAGCUCCCCCCGUGCCUGUCGGACCUGGGCAGGGACUUCCUGGCGAGGUGCCUUCAGCAGGACCCCAGCGAGCGGUGGACUGCGGAGCAGCUGCUGGAGCACGAGUUCGUGGCCGUCGACCCCUCCGUCGCCUCCACGUCCAAUUCCGUGCCAGGUGUCACGGAGGAGAAGGCUACGUUCGUGUCCCCCAAGAGCGUCCUCGAUCAGGACCUGUGGGACGACGACGAGGACGACACGACGGCGGAUCCCACGGACAGGGUGCGCGCGCUGGCCGCGGGCGCGCCGGCAGUGCCGGACUGGACCUGGGACGCGAGCUGGAUCACGGUCCACGCCGGCCCCAGCGGCGACGAGCCAACAAUGCCGCCGGAGCAGCCGGAGGCGGGCGCGGAGGCCGUCAGCAUGGAUUCGCCCGUGGGCGACGGCGGCUCCGCUGGUGGUGCGGGGGCCUGGAACAGCAGCCAGCAGGCCUCACAUGGCAAUGGCGACGGCUACGAUGGCACGGGCAGCUGUAAUGGCGAGCGCAGCGAUGAUGGUAAUCACGUGGUUAGCGAUUGUACCGUCCCAAUCACAGGCAAUGGAUUCUUUUCCGAUAUACUAUGUCCCGUUUCGCUUGUCCCAGACCCCCAGCCACGCUGGCUGUCCCGUCCCGUUUAUUACAGUACCGCUCCUGCUACUCCUACCUUUCUCCCGCUGUCGUUCUUCUUCCUGUCAUUUGUUUCUCGCCUCGGCCUCGCCAUUACAGCUGCCCGUGCCACAGCUUAA